AGCCCGCCAGCCAGUCCGCCCGCCAGCCAGCCCGCGUCAUGUGACAGCGCUGCCUAGUGCCAGGAGCCCGGGUGGUGGGGGAAAAAGCCCAGCGCAGGAGGAGGAGGAGGAGGAGGAGGAAGAGGCCCCAGCCCCACCGAGGUGGCCCGCCCGCUGGAGAGAGAGAGAGAGAGAGAGAGAGAAAGAAAGAGAGAGAGAAGAAGAAGAAGAAGAAAACCCCGAAGGGAAGCGAGGCCCGAGCCCACCGAUCACCUUCCCCCCCUUUCCCCAAAUCCGCCAGCCAGCCAGUCCCAGCAGCGCCAACUUCGGAGGUUGGUUGCUUUGACAAGUCCAAAAUCCAAGCUAUUUAUCUCGAAAGAAAAUGUUAAUGUUUGACCCCGUCCCUAUCAAACAAGAAGCAAUGGAGCCAAUUCCAGUGUCGUUCAACUCUACUUACAUGGACCACAUGAAGUCCAACAAGUACGGUGUCAUCUACUCCACGCCAGAUAUGAUGUCCAAUAAGUUCUACCAGAUUCCAGAUGGACUGUGCAGUGGGGUUCAGGUGGAACCUGUUGACCUUACCAUGAACAAACGGAGUUCACCGCCGUCAGCUGGAAAUUCUCCUUCCUCUUUCAAAUUCCAGACUCUACCCCAGAGAUCUCCCCCUGGGUUAUUAAAUCUUCCCUCAUCCAGCCCUCCUAUGAAGAAACUGGGCCCACCGGGAAUGCAGCCUUUUACUAUGCCCUUAACGAUCCCUCCAGUCAUGGCGGCUCUUUCCCGUCACGGACUAAGGAGUCCCGGAAUACUCCCAGUUAUUCAGCCGCUUGUCGUUCAACCCGUCCCUUUUAUGUACGCCUCUCACCUUCAACAGCCUAUCAUGGUGUCCACCGUUCUUUCCGAAGAGUUGGAAAACCCAAGCAGUGUCCCAGUAUCCGUCAUCGAAUCUUACGAAAAGCCAGCACUAACGAAAUCUAUCAAGAUUGAACCAGGCUUGGAAUCGCCAAGAAACGACUACUAUCCGGAGCAAAUGUCUCCUCCUGUGAUGACCUCCUUGUCACCUCCCAUGCUACAAGAGAAUCAUCCUUCAGUUAUAGUCCAGCCUGGGAAGAGGCCUCUACCUGUGGAAUCGCCAGACACGCAAAGGAAGAGAAGGAUACACCGGUGUGAUUACGAAGGCUGCAACAAGGUGUACACUAAAAGCUCUCACUUAAAAGCUCAUAGAAGAACACACACAGGUGAAAAGCCUUACAAAUGCACUUGGGAAGGUUGCACAUGGAAGUUUGCUCGAUCGGACGAACUAACACGGCACUUCCGGAAACAUACCGGCGUCAAACCGUUCCAGUGUCCGGACUGUGAUCGCAGUUUCUCUCGCUCUGACCAUCUUGCCCUCCAUCGGAAACGCCACAUGCUCGUCUGAACUUCUCACUUCUCUGCCCUUUUUUGGGGUUUUUUUUUUCUUUCUUUUAAUUUUUUUUUUUUUUACCUCAGCAUUUUAAUUCAGAUUCAGCUGGACUGGAUCUUUGGAUUUUUAUCUCCUCGCAACCUUUCUUGAUGGUCAGUAAAAUAAAAAAAUAAAUGUUUGCUUGGCCCAUCUCGGAUUCUUGCCUUCGGACAGACCGAAAGAAUGUGAACAUUUUUUGUGUGUUUUGUUUGUUUCCUGGGGGAUGCUAAGCGCCCCCUCAUUUGCCAGCAAAUAGAUUAUAUCUCCUUAAGACAAUUUAUAAUCAAGCUGAUUAGUUUUGCCAUUUAAUCAGCCAGUAUAUAUUGAUGAUACAGUUACUGGUUUGUUUGUUUUUUCUUCCUGAAAUCCAGUUUGCUAAUCCUUGCCAGAGACUCGGUGUGCCUGUCGUAAAAGGAUGCACGUCUCCUUUUUAUGCCCAGCAAUGCAAUGAAUGGAUUUGUUUUGAAUAUGGUUGGUUCGUUAGAGAAGCAUGUUCCAGAAGACAUAAUUAUUUUUUUUGGGGGGGGGGAUGCAGAAAAUGAAAUCCCCAACCCUGGGAAUGAAUGAAAAAAAAAAAUUCUCCAUUUAUCAGCAGAAAACAGACGUCCACGCAGAUGUCACAAAUCCUGAUCAAUGUUGCCUUUUUUGUGUGUGGGUUGGGGUGGGGGUUAUGCAAGUUGUUUUGCCUGAGAAUCGAGUGUCUUGGUAGAUUCACUGAGCAAACCCUUUCGGUGGGAUGCAGUGAUCUGUUUUUUGUCAUGCAACUGUGUGAAUGGGACACACACGGUACUCCUUGUGGUGUGACAUUCAUUGAUAAAAAUUGAUUAAAAAUCUACCUCGCUGGGGAAGCGUGGCAGGCAUAGAAAUUUUUCUCCACGCCUCGGCAUUUUCCUGCCCUCACGAGAACACCUCGACCUGCCUUAGCGGAGAAAAAGCCACCGUUCCAGCAAAAAUAAAUUCAGCUCUUCCUUGUUGGAAAUGAAUUUCCAUCCGAGACCUUUUCCAAUAUUCUUAUGAUCCCGGAUGAAAAAAGAUUUGCUUAAUUGAAGCACUUCCAGAGAGCAUAGGAUUCGGUCACAAUGAUCACCAAUUAAAGACUUGGAAUCCCGUCAAAUCGUUUUUAUCAGCCCGUAUGAAAACUUCAGCGGACAAGCCCUCGCCAAGUAUUUUUGUAAUACCUUCUCAGUAUCGAUGAUUUUCCAAAAAAAAUAAUAAUAAUAAUAAUUUUGAAAGAUUAGAUAGUUUCAUCCUAUAAAUCUUCCGUAUCUUCAGAGAUGCAAAUUUUUAUAUUUAUAUUAAGGAAAUGAGACUCGCCGUAAUCCACCAGCAUUUUGUCCUUUUGCAACCUAUGGUUAAAUUCGUGGGAAUUGUUUCUCUCGUAUGUAGAAAAAAAGGAAAGAUUUUUUUUUAUAUUAAAAAAAGGAAGCCAACGAUGACGACAACAGCCAGAGGAAUGAGCAGGAGAGGAAGGGAUUGCAGAAUAUAAACUAAACACUUUAUAAACUAAAAAAAUCACAUACAUUUCGAGUAAAUAAUUGCUCAGGGGCAACUUGGCUUACUCAAAAUUGCUUGUUGUAUUGUUCCAUAAAUUGUAUUUAGCUUCAGUUGUUCUGGUAUAAACUUUUUCUAGCACUUUCAUCAUCCUGUUCCCUCUCUUACUUUUUAAAAGUUGUAUUACCGAACUCUCAUUAAACCGGUGUGUAAUAUGGAA